AGAUGGCCGAUCGAUCCCAAACUUCUACAGAUGUGUAUAUGGUGGACUACAUAAAGUGCUGACACUGCCAGCAACUGUUAGCAAAAACAAUUCUGUAAUGUUCCUUUAAACUUAAGUAUAAACAUCUCUUGGCCUAGGUCGGAAGCACCAAAGUGCCCUCGCUAUUAGGACUGUACGAAAGGGGUGAUGGUUUUGAAAACCUUUGAUCUUACUAUAAGCACUUCGUUUAUAAAACGCACAUAAAUCAUACACAAAUAAUAUGUAUAGGCCCCAUAUAUUUUUUCAAAAUUUGUUUUAUCAUUUGGCCUGACCCACUUUUGGAUUCAGCAUGACCCGGAAUAUGUGUCAAAUUGACAAAGAAAGUGGAUGCAAACCAACGCAGAAUCCUAUCAAACUCAUGUAUUGGACAAGUUUCGGGUUAGCAUGACCCAGAAAUGUUGAGAAUCCAAGUCGUGAACAGCUCACAUAUAUUAAGUUAUAUGUUUUUUUCUAAAAUUAUUUUACGGAUUCGAUUCCAGGGAGCCUUGAGUCGUCUUUACUUUAAAAGGUUCAGUUCAGUUAUGAAUAAAUUACCCGCAGUCCAAUACGCAAUUUAAAACCCAAGUUAAAACAUUCGCAAGAAUGUAAUUCAAGUUAUGACUUAUUUUCAGAUGAUAUCUUGGCUUAGUUCCUUCGUGUUAGUCGUUGUUGUUUAGUCCAGUGAUGUACUUCGUUUGUUUAGUAAAAACAUUCGCAGAAAUGUAAUUAAAGUUAUGACUUAUUUCAAGACGAUAUCUUGUCUUAGUUCCUUAGUCAUUGUUGUUUAGUUCGAACCAAACCAUUCGUGAAACUGGAUGGAUGACAGAAAAUCAAAUCUGUAUUGGUUUUCCAUCAGUUCAUUCUCAGACGACCUUGUUCUCAUUCCAGUUUAAUCAACCUCGAUCUGAUGGCACACGGGUUCGAUCAAUAGGUGUAUACACAACUCGCAAAACAACAUGUUUCCGAGAAAUAAGCUCUACUCCUUAAUUGUUCAUAGCUGAACUUUACACAAGUCGAAAGAAUAGAAGUAGUUCCGACAAAAGAGGUUCUCCUAAAUCAUUUCAAGUUUACCAUAGAAAAUUAAGUAAGAAUUGAACAAUAUUGAUUUCAUAACGUGAUGCAGUAAAACAUACUUUGUAAAUUUUCUAAUUUGUUAAUAGAAAUUUAUAGAAAUUUAUAGAAGGAACAUAAGGUCAUGCACAAAUUAGUAACAAACAAUGCGUAUUUAUUAAUGCCUUACGAGUGCAAAGUGCAACAUUGCGGCCCUACAUACAAAUUCAAGUUCAAAUUCAAAUUCAAUAUUCGUUUGUUCUAUAAAUAUACGUCACCCAAUAAAAAGUCAAAGACAAAGGAAAUUUGUUUUACAAUAGAAUUACAUUAAAAAUAUAUUUCAGGAAUAUUAUGUUAAUGGUUAAAUACAAUAUUAAAACGAUUACCUGGGUGAAGAAGACAAACAGAAAUGGUGAAAGCAGCAUUUAAAAAAAAUAUAUAUAAAUCUCCUUGUCGAUAUACUUUUUGAAAAACGUGCUUUUAGUUUUCAAGUCGGACCUUGAAAAGGUAAGCAAUUAACACCACGUGACUUACCCUCCCCCAGGAAGUGUCAGAUAAUGGUCACUACCUAAUCAAGUAGAUGAACUUACGUCAUAAUACUCCACCAUUUGCGGAAGUGUUGCUAGUAACUGACCCUUUGUAGUGCGUUCUACGUGACAACAACCAAUGGCAAUACCUCAUAUAAAGGCAACGGUACGGGGUUUAGAAGUAUAAACCACCACGACUCGUGAAAGCAUACAGCAACACUGCGUUAAACAACUCGCCAAGGAUUAUUAUUACACGCAAGAUAUAUUACCAGAGCUAAGUUUUAGUGUUAUCGUUAUCGCCUCAGUUUUGCAGGAAUUUUCUCUUCAAAGAUGACUUCAGUUUUAAGGUUUCUCUUUGUGGCUGGCUGCACGGUCCAGCUUCUUUUCUUGUCAACAGCAUUUGCGUCGUCAGAUCGAAAACCUAGAGUUACGGGAUACUGUUUUGGUCAGCGCACCCCGAUAGGUCAAAGAGGCCGGUGUACUGACGAAAUACGCCCGCCGUCCAAUCAGACGAGAUGGUCUGGUGCAAAGGAGUGCUGCAUGCUCGGCGGUGUAGGCUGGACCACCAAAACCAACGGCAAGAGAUGUGAAAAUGCCUGCGAGGAGGAGGAACCGGUACCCUACAUGAAGGAUGUCCAGUCCCUGGUGGAAACUCCGGUUAUGCAUAAAGACAAGACGAAUUUUCAGAAUGAUUCAAACAAUACUGCACCGGUCUUGUGGAGCGAAUGGGGAAACUGGCUGAACUGCACGGCGUCAUGCGGAGCUGGCAAUAUGACAAGAUAUCGGACUUGUAACAGCACAGAUCACUGUAACGGCUCAAAUGAGGAGACUAUCCCAUGCAAUAGCACUACGAGCUGCCAAGAUCUUGGUAACGCUACUUGGAGUGUAUGGGGUGGCUGGCAGAACUGCACGUCACCAUGCGGUGUUGGCAAUGUGACCAGAUAUCGGACUUGUAACGGAGGACAGAAUUGUAACGGCUCGAGUGAGGAGACUAUUCCAUGUGAUAGCAAUAUAACAUGCCAAGUCGAUGGAAGAUGGACAGCCUGGGGCGAAUGGUCAGACUGUGAUCCAUGUGACAACAACUCAAAGACAACACGUUCUCGAAGCUGCACCAAUCCUCCACCGUCCGGAGACGGAAGCCAUUGCGCCGGCCUUCAAUCAAUGACACGUAACUGUCCAGGAAAUUGUCCGGACCAGAACAAUGGCUGGAGCGAAUGGUCUGACUGGACGCCAUGCUCAGCAGUUCAAUGCGGCAAACAGGGCUUCUCUCUUCGCAGCAGAUCCUGUACCAGAAUGUCACCCCAAACUUGCCCCGGCAAUUUCCUGGACAUCAACACGUGUGUAGCACCCGGAUGCUCUACUGGUAGAUAACCCUGUUCACACGAACAGCCUGGAUGUACGUCCGGUUCACCCCCGUCAACUCAGUGGAAUUAACACUCCCCGUUGAGGUAUUCACUAUUGAAUGUAUGGUUGAUCGAGAGGAAUGAACGAUUGAUUUGACGUACUCAUUGAGUCUAAAUACCCCCGGACUCAAUAUCAUCACCAACUCUUGUUUUUGUAGAAAGCUGAUCCCCUUUUAUUGUUUAAAAAUGGUACCGUUAUAAGAAUUGUCCAUAAGUCUACACAACAUAACAAAAGAUUUCCUCUGUGGGUCACAACUUUUAAACAUCUUCCUGGUGGGUUGGAUAAGACCACCUCUACCCGCACCUCACUAUCAACGCGCCUCAUUUGACCCGGAACAUGGCAAACUCUGACCCGGAACCUUUACAAUUCUGACCCGGAACUUAAUCAAUGCUGACCCUGGCUAAAAAUGUUGCCAGGGAAGUUUGAAAUCAAACAUGUUAAAACGAAAAGACCAUUAUUUCCUUAGGUUUUAGGCCUUUUAAUUUUUUUUUUAAGUACGAUUUCUGUCAACUUUAAUUCACAAUGAUCGAUGGUAGCGCGUUUGCUUCGACGAUCGAUUUUUAUCCUUUGUAUUGAUGUUCAAACUUUGUUAUUCUAUUUUGUACGUUGUAUGUUGUACGUUUACUGUUUAAUCAUAAUGUUUCGUAACUUUCACCUUUUAUUAACCAUAAUGUUUCGUAAGAGUAUAGUUUUACCUUGUAAAGAAUAUAAUGUUUGAAUUAUUUAAUUUUGUAUGUGCACAAUGCUGUACGUAUUUAACUGCCAUUGUAUUUAUACAGGUAAAUAUAAAUUAAUUUUAAACAAAACACCAGUUGUUUUCCCUGUAAAGUCAUUCAAUUUCGAACCAAAGAAAAAAAAUAUGUAGUAUAAUGUGAAUUAUUUUUUGCUUAAUAUUUAAAUACUAUUACAAAACUAAACAAGAUUGUUCUUAAGAUUUGGGUGUUGUGUCUUCUUUUUUUAAGGAAAAAUACAAAUCAAUAAUUAGUUUAGUAAGGGAGACAAAGACAGUUAAUGAUGUUUACUGAAGUUUUUUUUUUUUAGUUGUUGGUGAUCCUUACUAAUUUUUAUUAUUUAUAUCAGGCUUCCGAGGUUAAACUAUAUCAGCGUAUUGAAUGCUUUCGUGAAAAGUACCCGGUUGACAGCAAUAUUGUGUCAGUAAAAGUUCCCGGAUACAGCAACAUUGCUUCAAUGUUGCUCCAUCCGGGCAUUUUAACAAGUUUCACUGGUUCCCAUAAUUUAGUUAAGAGCGUGCGCUCACCCACUGUUGUUAACCAGCGAACGGAGCUGCAGAUAAUCAACAACAAUGGCUGCUUCUACUAGCGGCGCGAGAUUCGCUUCGGUUUCCGAUGAGGAUUUUGAAGAACUUUUGAAGCACAAAUACGCAGAAAACACAUUGAAGGCUACAAAACAAGCAGUACAUGUUCUGAGAGCUUACCUGACGGAAAAUAAUCUUCCAACGAAUUUUGAAUGAGUAGAUAAGCUACGCUUGCGAUUGUUUUGUCAAAAUUGUAUGUGGAAGCAUGGAGGAAUGAAAAACAGACGGCGAUCACUGCAACAAGGAGCGUCAUUGAACAGCAAUCGAGGGCGAAUUAAAAUCUGGAAUCAGGUGAGCCAAAAUAGUGUUGCUUUGAUCAAGUCCUCAGCCUGAUAUAAGUAAUAAUAAUAAUAUUUGAUGGGUUUUUUUUUCCGGGGGAUACAAGAAUAUAUUGCACUCGCUAUGACAACAUUGCACUCGUCUUCGACUCGUGUAAUUUUGUCAUAGCUCGUGCAAUAUAUUCUUGUAUCUCCCUCAAAGCCAUCCAAUAUUAUAUAACUAUACACUCGUUGUGAAAAUAAUGCGAUGCAGCUGCACUGCUCCCCUGCUAAUUACAUACAUAAUUAUACAUCGGUUUGCAUUCAGCCCUGGUUUUAUUAACUCGAAUAUUAUAACUGAGUGGUCAACAAUGCGCGCAGAUACAUUGUUUUGCACAUAUAUAUUUUUUGUGUGGUUGAAUAUUGUAUUCUGAUUGCAUUCUGUCAUUUUUUUUAAACACAGUGUGUUAAUAAUAAUUUGUAAUUUAACGUGUAUAUUUCCCAACGAUUGUUGAAGUAUUUAAAGUAUAAUUUUUGCUCAGUAUUUAUGAGUUUAACAAAAUGAGUCUGUAGUAGUGUUGUAUCAAAGUGUUGUUACGUCUUAAAGGUGGUCGCACAAAAUUCGAGCGUGAUUGGCAAACGGGGUUUCUAAAAAUCAGCCUCUCGUCCCAAAGUUUAAAUUUGUUCUAAUUUUUAGUUAACAAACCAUUCGCACUUUAUGAAAAAUUUAAAUUUUUUUGAUAACAAAUUGCUCUUAAAUGUGUUUUAAUAUGUUUUAGGAAUUUUGUAUAUUUAGAAAGAUUUCUUUUCAUAGCAAAAAGCGUAGGCCUAGUCUUCGUUCAAGCUGUUUUCUGAUUUUCGAUUCGCGCGAGACUUUACCAUGCAGUCUAUAACCUAAUUCCUUUGUCAUAAAAAUGUUAUUAUCGUUUCAAAUUGACGUUGAAGAUUCAAAAGGGGACUGCAGCCGAUUUUACGAAACGCUAGGAUUAAUCCUAUCUCGAGUUAGGACAAGACCGUCCUAACUUAAGAUGGACUCAAUGCGUCAUCAUGCCUUCGGACACAUAACUGAACUCGUCCUAGGUCAUAAGAUUAAUCCUAAGUCAGGAAGAGUUUUGGCGAAAUCGACGGCAGGUCCCGUUCAUAGGCAAUUGUCAUAUUCCUUGGUAGAAUUUCGUUGCAACAAAAUUGAUCAGGACCACACCCAACAAGACCACACCCAACGCACCAAGUCUAGAACCCCCACCACACAUCGGUGAAUGGUAAAAAAUAAAAAAUAUUAUUUUUAGGCUUUUUCCCAAGCAAAUAUUUAGUCAGGAACUAAAUAGUAUUCUUCACUCCGGUGCCCUUAUCUACAGACAUUUUAUUGUUUCGGUAUCCGCUGUUAUUUACAGAAACCGGACCGGCUCCUUUCACCCGGACACAGUUUGAACGGCAGCUAAGCACAAAAUAUUUUUUUGCUUACCAGAAUAAGCUUUCUAGCCAAUAUAGUGACCAUGUCACGUGUACACCUUUUGACUGUAUAUCCUGAGUGCUCUCUUUUGUUCAUCAGAAAAUUGUUAAGCAACCUGCAUAAAAGCAGCUCUAAACGAAAAUUGUCCCUGGGCUCAAUUUCGGUGGCGGUCACGACAUCGUGACGUAACUUAUAUUGUGCUUUUUAUGUAUGUUUACAUAAACUGAAGCAUUAACACCUCAAAAAAAUUUGGAUAUAAAUAAAACAUGUGUUUCCCUUUAAUACAGAAAUCAUUUUAACAACAUUUUAAACAACAUUUAUUCCAGGUCAUAAAACUAAUCGAAAUGUGUUUUCACAAUUAAUUAAACAAGUUGAUUUAUCAA